AUGAAGUCUAAUAUAUCAAUAUUUUUAAUUGUAGUAUUCUUUCUGUGUUACGCAAAUUCCAGAACUUUAAAAGGAAAAAAUAAUAAAAAUAAUUCAUUGAAUAUGAUGAGAGAAAAUAAAAAUGAUAUUCACCAAAAAAAAAUUCAUGAUUCUUUUUCGCAUCUUAAAUCAUAUGUUCAUAAUUCCGAAAAAUUUGGAUCUGACUGCAGAAGUGAAUGUAGCAGUGGAACUAUAGGAAAUAGUGAAAAUAGCAAUAAACAUAAUAGAAAAUCCCCAAGAGAAAUUUUACAGGAAUACAAAAGAAGGAAACAAGGUAUAAUUGCAGGAUACUAUGGCUCAUGGAACAGUCAGGGUGAUAGAGCAAAGCAAAUGGCUGAUUCAAGUCCAAUGGUAUCAAUUCUUUAUAUUGCUUUUGCUCGUAUCAAUAUGCUAUAUGAUGUAUCUAGACCAUUUAAUAGUAGGCAAAAAUUUCUAUUAAGAAAACAUGGCUUAGAAUAUGAAACAUAUGGUAUGAUGCUUAAUGAAAUCAGACGUAUAAGAAAAGCACGUCCAGAUAUAAUUAUUCUUUUAUCAUUAGGAGGAGAAACCUAUAUGAUAGAAAUAGAAAAAGAGAUUGAUUAUGUAGAUAAAACAUUAAAGCUCAUUAAUGACUUUGAUUUAGAUGGUGUAGACAUUGAUUGGGAACCACAUGGAAGUUUUAAUAACUUAAAUGAAUUGGAUUUUUCAAAUUAUUAUAUUAAAUUAAUUAAUUUACUAAGAGAAAAUAUUCCAGAACAAAAGUUAAUUUCAAUUUCUGGUUCAUCAAAUGCUGCUUUAUCAUGCGUUUCAGGAGUUGCAUCUUUUUGUAAAGAUGAAGAAUCUCCAUAUAAUACCAAGUUUUUAUCUGAACAAAUGGAGACAAAUGGUGAAUUAUACAGGGCAGCAUCUAUGUUAUCAGCAGGAACUUUUAUUAAUAUUUUUAAUACAGCUAAGGAGAAAAUAGAUCUUGUAUUUAUUCAAACAUACAAUUUAGAAACUAGUAAUCCAAAUAUUAUGGUGGAUAUGUACCUAUCCCAUUUAUAUUUUGGUUUAAAAUAUGAUAUUACUGUUAUAUUAGGUUUUUCAUUAGAACAUAAUAGAGGUGGAUUUAGCCCAGAAAAUGAAGAAUUAUUAAAGUUGGUAGGAAAAACAAUACAUGAAAAAAACCACAGCAAUAAUAGAGCAGACGGUGUGGGGGUGUGGCAUUUAUUUAUGAAAGAACAGUUGCCAACUGGAUCAUACAAUAUAGAAAAUUUUCUUACAACUAUUUGGAAGCAUUUAAAUCCUGAAAUAGAACCUCCAAAAGACGUUGCUAUAACUGAAGAUCCAGAAGAUUGUAGUACGAUAGAUGAGUAUGUUCCAGGGAUUAUUAUUCCUACCAUAGGAAUAUAUUACAAACACAAUGAUGCUAUUUGGAAAACUAGAUCUUAUUCAAUUCAAGCACCUGGUAUAAAUAGAUACGAAUGGGAUUUAGUCAAAGUGUGCUAUGAAAAAACAUGUAAUGGAAAAGCAACCCAUUAUUAUAACACUGAUUAUAAAGAGGGUUCUAUUAUUAUUUGGAAAGGAGAGCCAUAUUUAAUUAAAUGGUGGCAACAAGGACCUCCAGAGGGUGAUGCACUAGAGGCAUACACAAAAUUAGAUGCAUCUGAAUGCCCAGGAUUAGAUGAAUGGAAUAAAAAAUAUCCACAUAAGCCAAUUGAAGUAGAAGAGCCAUAUGUACAAGAAGAAGAUUUACCCAUACAAUAA